UCUGCCUUCCACUUCCAUAGCCAACGGCCCAACAGAGCAGAACAGAGGGAGAAACCGGACAAUACAAACCUAUCCGCAGCAAUGGAGACAAGAACCUCGUCAUCUGCAGCUCUGUGUCUCCGACUUCCAAACCCUAUCGAGCUCCAUUCCCAUUCGCAAUUCAACUCCCACUUCUCCCAAUUGACCUCGUCUCUACUAUCAUCAUCGUCUCCCUCGAACCCUACAGGCCCUUCCCCGCCCAAUUUCUCUUCCACCAGCAUCUCCCUAAAACCCCCGAAAUGGCUCAAGCCCACCUCGAGAAACUCCCCCCGUGCCCAAUCCCUCAUCAAGAACCUCUCCGUCCUCGAGCGGGCCCUCAUCGGAGCUGCCGGCGGCGGCAUUGCCGGCGCAUUCACCUACGUCUGCCUCCACCCCCUCGACACAAUCAAGACCAAGCUCCAAACCAAGGGGGCCGCCCAGAUUUACAGCAGUACCCUCGACGCCGUAGUCAAAACAUUCCAGAAGGGCGGCGUUCUCGGGUUCUAUAGUGGAAUCUCGGCGGUCAUUGUGGGGUCGACGUUCUCCUCGGCGGUUUACUUCGGGACCUGUGAGUUCGGGAAGUCGAUCCUGUCCAAGUUCGAGAACUACCCUGCUGUGCUUAUCCCGCCAACUGCCGGGGCGAUGGGCAAUAUUGUGUCCUCGGCUAUAAUGGUGCCCAAGGAAUUGAUCACUCAGAGGAUGCAGGCGGGCGCGAAGGGAAGAUCGUGGGAGGUUCUGUUGAGAAUUCUCGAGAAAGACGGGAUUUUGGGCCUCUAUGCCGGUUACUCCGCCACUCUGUUGAGGAAUUUGCCUGCCGGGGUACUGAGCUACUCAUCAUUCGAGUACCUCAAAGCCGCUGUCUUGGAGAGGACGAAGCAGGCCAACUUGGAGCCGAUUCAGAGCGUGUGCUGUGGGGCCCUUGCGGGGGCGAUCUCAGCAUCCCUCACGACCCCCUUGGAUGUCAUCAAGACCCGGCUUAUGACUCAGGUCCGUGGAGAGGCUGUUAGUAAGGUUGCAGCAGUCAUGUACAGUGGAGUCAGGGCGACGGUGAGGCAGAUUCUCAAGGAGGAAGGGCUCGUUGGAUUUACGCGAGGCAUGGGCCCGCGAGUCGUCCAUAGCGCUUGUUUCUCGGCGCUGGGUUACUUUGCGUUUGAGACGGCGAGGCUCUCAAUCUUGCAUCAGUAUCUCAAGAGGAAAGAAGAGUCCUAUGGCAUAGAGGCUGCUGAUGCUGUCUCCAAUUAGCUUUUGAUGUACUUAUUCAGUUGUCAUAAUCCUUUAUUGCAGGAGUUCAUGCUGAAAGUAGGAAUUUCUAUGGAUAGAUUGUUGAAUUUCGAGGUAGUUCUGUUUAAGUAGUGGCAGUAAGACAGUAGAGGUUAUUCUGGUUCAUUAGAUUGGAAUCAAUAGAGCAGCAUGAAAACUGGGUAUUCUGUCUCAACUUGCUUUAUGCAAUUAAAACAAGAGAAGCUGCUUGGGAGCAUAUUCAAGGCCUAGAGAACACCAUCUGAUGUCCCAACAGACACUCGAGGUAGCCUUGAGCUUUAUCUUCUUUUCUAUGAUAUACAUGAUAUGUGAUCGCUACAUGGUUUGCAAAAGAUCCUCCAUCAGGGAUCAGUUUUUCUGUAAGUCAAUGAUAAAUAUAGAUGGGGGAACUGAAAGUUACUGCCAUUUGUUUCGGUGGGAGAUAAGCAGAACAAGGUUUGUUCUUUUUACUGUAAACUGCAUUACA